CGGGACUAGCGCUGAAUGAGCACAGGAAGUGAACAGCGUGAGACUGCACUUUGACGUUCGAGGGAGACGUUAACAGUUUUGAGUACCUUUCCAGCAUUAUUGACUUACUCAGAACAAAGAUGGUGGACUCUCAGUACUACCUCCCCAAUGACAUUGGGAUCUCAGCGCUUGACUGCCGCGAGGCCUUUCGUCUGCUGUCUCCUCAGGAGAAGAUGUACGCCCACUACCUGUCACGGGCCGCUUGGUAUGGUGGUCUGGUGGUGCUGCUGCAGACUUCUCCAGAGUCUGCAAAUAUCUUUGUCCUGCUGCAGAGGAUUUUUAGGAAGCAGACUCCAGAUCAGUUGGAGCAGGUUGCUAAAGCAGCUGGUCUCAGCUCUGAGGAUUACCAGGCCUUCUUGGUGUAUGCUGCUGGUGUAUAUGCAAACAUGGGCAAUUACAAGUCUUUUGGAGACACCAAAUUCAUUCCAAAUCUACCAAAGGACAAGCUGGAGGCUCUGGUGAGGGCCAGCCAAGCGUUUCAGGAGAAUCCCACUGAGAUGGAGGCUCUGUGGGGCAGUAGCUCAUGCCUCAUUUACUCCCUGGAAGACAGACAGAAACAACUUGGGCUGGGCGAUAAGGGAAUUACCUCUUAUUUCUCAGGAAACUGCUCUCUGGAGGAUGCGGAGCUGGCUCAAAGAUUUCUGGACUCAAGAAAACUCUCUGCUUACAACACACGUCUGUUCAAGAGGGAAAAUGGAGGAAAAUCCUGCUACGAGGUUCGCUUGGCUUCAGCUGUUCAAAAAGACUGUGCAGUGGAUGGGGAGGCUGGGUCGUCCUGCGGAAGCUUCACCUUUGAGGACAAAGAGUUCAUUGUUAAGAGGGGAGACUACAGUCCUCUCAUGGAAAAAGUCUGCCAUUAUCUCCAAGAAGCCCAGGCGUAUGCUGCUAAUGAGAACCAGAAGAAGAUGCUGGAAGAGUACCGGCGCAGUUUUGAAUUUGGUUCUAUUGAAGCCCACAAAGAAGGCUCACGGUUUUGGAUCAAGGACAAGGGGCCGAUUGUUGAGAGUUAUAUAGGUUUCAUAGAGAGCUACAGAGACCCUUUUGGCUCCCGAGGAGAGUUUGAAGGAUUUGUGGCCGUUGUGAACAAGGCGAUGAGCGAACGUUUUGCCAAGCUGGUGAGCUCAGCAGAAGUCCUGCUUCCUGAGCUGCCCUGGCCCCAGCAGUUUGAGAAGGACACCUUCCUUAAACCUGACUUCACUUCCCUGGAUGUUCUCACAUUUGCUGGCAGUGGAAUUCCAGCCGGGAUCAACAUCCCAAACUAUGAUGACAUCAGGCAAUCAGAAGGCUUUAAAAACGUGUCUCUUGGGAAUGUGCUGGCGGUGGCCUACGCCACACAGAAGGAAAAACUCACAUUCCUUGAUGAGGAGGACAAGGAUUUGUUCAUCAAAUGGAAGGGUCUGUCCUUUGAGGUGCAGGUUGGUCUCCAUGAGCUCCUGGGUCAUGGAAGUGGCAAGCUGUUUGUCCAGGAUGACCGUGGCAAGUUCAACUUCGAUCAGAGUAACGUGGUUAACCCAGAGACAGGGGAAAAGGUGUCCAGUUGGUAUCGGGGCAGCGAGACAUGGGACAGUAAAUUCUCCACGAUUGCGUCUUCCUAUGAAGAAUGCAGAGCUGAAUGUGUUGGCCUCUAUCUGUGCCUGAACAAGCAAGUGCUGAGUAUUUUUGGCCAUGAGGCUCAGGAGGCUGAAGAUGCGGUGUACAUCAACUGGCUGAGCAUGGUCAGAGCUGGGCUGUUGGGUCUGGAGUUCUACACGCCUGAGAGCAAGAGCUGGAGACAGGCUCACAUGCAGGCCCGCUUCGUGAUCCUGCGUGUGCUGCUGGAGGCGGGGGAAGGUCUGGUGGGCUUGGAGGAGGUGGAGGGGCAGGACGGCAAACCCGACGCACGGAUCACUCUGGACCGGAGCAAGAUUAGCACCGUGGGGAAGGACGCCAUCCACAGGUUCCUCUGUAAACUGCAGGUGUUUAAGUCAACCGCUGAUGUGGAAGGAGGCAGAGCUCUCUACGAGGGUUACUCCGCUGUCAGCGACACCGGCGCUCACAACUUCCUGCGUCUGCGUGAGACCGUGCUGCUUCGCAAAGAAGCUCGUAAAAUGUUUGUUCAGGCUAACACCAGAAUCGGUGGCAAUAAGCUGGAGUUUGGUGACAGACACAUGAAUCAGAUUGGAGGGGAGAACGUAGAGUUGGUGGAAUAUGAAAGCAGUGCUGCAGGUUUGAUUCGCUCCUUCACCGAGCGCUUCCAAGACGACGCGGAGCAGCUGGAAGACGUCCUAUUGGAUCUGAACAAAGCUGACGCCUGUUACUGGUGUUGAUGAAUUUUGGCUCCACAAGUUUAAAAAAUAACUAUGAAAGUCUGUUUUUAUGUCCUGGAAAAGUUUAAAUGAGGUGGUGAAAAGAAAAUUCUUAAAAUCAGUAAGCCAUAAGAUGUUGGAUUGCUGAAAUGUGCUUGUUCAAAUUCAGGCAAGUAUUGAUUUGUAAUGCAACAGAUCUCUUUGUAAAAGCCACUCGGAACACAUUUUGUAAUAAGAAGUAUUAGAAACAAUGGAACCUGGAAAUGAAAUAGAUUCUUACAUAAAGUUUUUUUCUGUCAUGACAUUUGUCAUUCUGUACCUAAACUGAUUUUGACGGUUAAUUUGUGGCUAAAAAUAAAAUAAAUCUGUCUGA